AUGUAUAGGUCGAGAAAUUUAAAAAUUCGAUUGUCACCAACAGAAUAUCUGAAAAGCGAAUGGAUGCAAAGUCAAGGAAGUGAAGAACUUUCCCUUGUCGAUUAUUUGGAGGAUUACAAGGAACGACGAAAGGUAUGGUGGACCGAUUUUCGCGAACAGUUCUCAAACUAUGAUUUCCGCGAAUUGUCCCCAAACCUAGGAUUUUCGCAAUUUGACAGAUCGGAUCCAAUUUGCGAGAAAAUUAACCCUGCAAAUCAGCUCCAAUUUUUCUCAAUUCGUUUCUUAACCUGGGAUUUCCAUAAAUAG